GACUAGACCAGGCUGGACCGUACCUCUCAUAAGAAAAGGGUCUUGAUAAAACUUGUGCAACUAUUUUUUAAAAAAGUACUCAAGAUCUUGGAAUGAAAUUGAUAAAGACAACAGAUUUUUUUUAAAUAGUUGUUGGUGUGCCAUGUGAUUUUUGUCAAAGAAAAAGUACACCUUUUGAACACAAAGGUUGAAAAAUACUAAUUAAAAUAAUAAUAAUAAUAAUAUUAACUAGGGAGUAAAAUGUCAUACAAUUUUUAUUUUUUACCAUUUUUUUUUAGAAUUUCCUGCUCAGUGACUGGUGUCAGAAGUGGGAUCUGUUUGGUUUAGUAAAUGAAGGAGAUUAGGUAGGGUGCGUGUCACUUUAAGAGUCGGUCUUCGGGUGGCUUCUUGAUAUUAAUAGAGCUGCUGUGUCUUCCUCUUCUGACGUAAUGCCCACAGCCUACAGAGACAGGCAAAGAAAUCCUGUCACAGUAAAGCGAUAACACUGGUCUGAAAGAGAAAAAAAAAAGAUAACGCACUGCUGUGUUUUGGUUUGCUGUUAGCAGCAGAUCUGGGCGGGUAAAUGACAAACUCGAGCAUCGGAGCCAAACUCAGUCAUGAAUCAGUGUUUUUUUAGUCUAGUUUUAUGGACGAAGCCUUAACUAUCUCUCCCUCUCAGACCAAAGAGAGAAAAAAAAGACAGCCAAGACACAGUCACACCGUCCGACAUCAUCAACAAACAAAAAACACCAGAAAGAGACGAAGCAGCCUGCCAGCCACCAUCUUAACAGGGCACUGAGAGACACACACACAGAGAAAAGACGCUAAUGCUUAUUUUGAUCAACAGGUAAGCUGCACCAAAGGAAACUCUUGCAACACAAAUGCACCCCGGGUAUCCACCACUACAUGGUACAGAGAGGGGGGGCUUAAGAACACACACAACGUGUCGGCGAUGUGGGUUGUAGACGGCGAAACGCGUAAGAGAAGUGGGAAGACGAAAGGGGCAUGAUUGGCAGACGUAAAAAAUGUUGCUGUUAGCCGUUAGUAGUUUUACGACGGACAGCAGUCGGUUUGCGUCUUAUGUAACUAACGGCCUGAGCAGCGUCGCUGAGGAGCGAGGGAUAUGCUGAAUGAGAGGGAGGAAAAGAGCUGCACCGCUUUCAGUUCACAUGGCAAUUUACAUUUAGGUUAGGAUACACAAACGCUACACAAAUACAAAUUGAGGAGGAGGGGGGCUACCGGGAGCAGCUACUGCUGUGACUUAAGUUUGAAGCAGCAACAAAGGGACGCGGAGUGACUUCCACAAGUAGGAUGUUGACAACUUUAAAGAUGGAUGUAAACCAGAGUUGUGAGAAAAAGCAAAGAAGCUAGAAGACAGCACGAGACCCACUCCACUUCAACUUGGAUCUACUACACAUUUAAUCAAACGCUGCAAUGCUGGUUAGAUGGACACCAUGCAACAGCCCCAAAGCAGUGGCUGCAAAUGCCGCUUGAGGUUUUAAAACACAAGUAAAAGGGCUGCCGAACAUUUUUUGGUCCUGGUGUUCAGGGACCUAUGAGGAGUUGACCUGAGGACACAAAAGGAUAGUAGUUCAGGUCUACCAUUUGAUUUCUACUUUCCAUUGCAUCACUGUGGAGUACAGAGAAACAGUAGCUGACCUUUGCCCCUGGAGCAACUGUUAAGGUACCUUGUUGACUCGAGCUGCUUUAAUAGAGCUGAUGCCAAAGCCAGAAGUCUGCCAUGGUGUCUUUAUAACCUGAUGACCAGACAAGAGAUGGUGAGGAAGAAGAAUCCCCCUAUCCGGAGUGUGGGAGGUAAGGAGGAAGAGGAAGAAGAGGGGGCGAGGCAAGCAGGAGAAGAAGAGGAGGAAGGAGAGGAGGACAGAGUGGGAGGGGAGGCCAAACGGACAAAGCUAUCUUCCGAGCCCGAUACCUCCGAGCGCAUUCGAGGGGAUGAGGAGCAGGAGGAGGAAGAGGGAGAGAGCGAGUGUGUCUCCUCAUCCGUUUCUCCCUCGUCUGUCGGCGAUCGCAACGAUGAGCGAGGGGGCAGGAGAGGAGUAGGGGGGAGGGCGAAGCAAGGGGAGGCGACUUCGGCGGAGAGACCGGAGGGCCUGUCGGAGUCUGAGGACGGGGAGAAGGGCGCCGAGGAGAGAGAAGGGGGCCACAAAAACAGAACCAAAGCAGAUCAUCUCUCUGCCCCCCUCCUGCUGUCCAGACAGGAAGGAGGGGAGGAGUCCACAACUGACACUCUCCGACUCGCCUCCAGCCCUUCUCCCAAACUUCAGGACUUUAAAUGCAACGUGUGCGGAUAUGGUUACUACGGCAACGACCCCGCUGACCUGGUGAAGCACUUUAGGAAGUAUCACCUGGGUCUGCACAACCGUACACGACAGGAUGCUGCCCUCGACACACACAUCCUGGCCCUCCACAACAUGGCACCCCAACACACAAGUUUAGAUAUGCAGGUGGGACAAGGACAGAGGAGCCAAACCAAAGAACUGGGAAAGACAAGAAAAGAUGCUCAGAAUCCGCAACAGAGGACAGUUGUGAUGAAUGGCACGUACGACGUACAGGUGACACUGGGUGGAAUGUUGAUUGGAAUUGGACGCAAAACCUCCGACUGCCAGGGAAACACUAAGUAUUUCCGCUGCAAAUACUGCAACUUCACAUAUAUGGGCAGUAGUUCCUCGGAACUGGAGCAACACUUUUUGUCCUCACAUCCGAACAAAGUCAAAACCCCUCCGACCACACCUAUGGCUACGGCCAACAACCUGGCAACUCAUGACAACCAGCUGAAAGGUAGGAGCCAGAACACUGAGGGAGUCGAGCGAGUGGCGGUGCGAGCAGAUGAUGAUGCCCUGGCUGGAUACUGCAUCCCAGGUGGGGUGUGCUCAGACUCCCUAGCCUGGACCGGGGAAGACGGUCAAGGAGCCACGCAGGGGUAUUACUUGUGCAAAUCUUGCAGCUGGAGUUGCGACUGGUCAGGAGGUUCAGCAAAGCUUUUGGAGCACUAUGAACAAAGACAUCGAGGGAGCCCAGGAGAAGUUGUGAGCCCCAGCAACGCUACAGAAAGAGGAGGAAGAAGAGACGUGGUAGAGAGAGAUGAUAUGGCAUUCAAAAGUUGCAAAGAUCAUUUAUCUAACCCAUCCAGCACCAGCAAAGGAGACCCAAACUGCAGUGAUUCCGAAGCAGUGGUGACCAGUUACAACUGUCAGCUGUGCGAUUUCCGUUACUCCAUGGCCCACAAUGCUGACGUGAUAGUGGUGGCUCCCUUGCUGCUGCACUACCAGCACAACCACUCCAUUCAUCGCUGCUGCAUUCAGCAUUGCAUGUAUUGUCCUCAAGGGCACUGUCAGCCACAUAAGCACCUUGGGGAGGUAUCCCAUCCCUUUGCUUGUCGGAAGUCCACCUGUCCUAAAUGCUGUUCCAAGUUCCCUCAGCUCACCAAACAGCAAGAUGCCAUCACUUCGAAUCCCACCACCAGCACCUCGCCCUGUGUGACCCCUCCCAACCAGAGAGGCGACCCUAGCGUAAUUUCUGGUCCGACCUUUCGGCUCUCUGACCCCGCACAUCCUGUUGUCACACAAGGCGUCACCCACUUGUGUGAUCAGUGUGCGUUCGCCACCACGGACAUUGACGUGUUGCUGCAACACUACGAGAGCUGCCACACUCUGAUCAACCUAAAGGGGGCCGGCCCACGAGUCAAAGCUGAGGAGAAGGCUGAAGGAGACAAGGAGGAAGGGAAAAGGAGGGGACGAGAAAGGCAGUACUCGUGUGCAAAAUGUCACUUCAUCACAGAAGUAGAAGAAGAGAUUUUUAGACACUAUAGGCGUGUCCAUGCGUGUUGCCGCUGUCGACACUGCGACUUCACGGCCCCCGAUUCAUCUGCACUUCUUGACCAUUUCAACUCUUCCCAUUGCAACGACUCGACUCCCUCGUUAGGAUCGUUGCCCGCGUCGCUGACUCCAUCGCUGACGCUCUCAACCAACGGCUGCUCGGCUCCCUCUACCUUAGCGAUCAAAGAGGAAAGCAAGGGGGACCUACGCCUCCUCUACUCUCUUGCACCACCUGAGGGAGGGCUGGCAGAAGGGGGGAGAGAGGAGGCGUGCAGGGCGGUCAAAAGUGAAAGAGGAGAUGACAAAGAAAGAGAGCGAGAGAAGGGUUGGGUUCUCGGGGAGACGAGAGGUCUGGGAGAAAGAGGGGGCGAGCAGGCCCACGGACUACUCUGGGUUCCAAAAGAGCAAAUGGGGCCAGAAAAAGGAGUGGAAAGAGGGGCGGAAAGUCGUACCCCGUCCCUUUUCCACUCCUCCCUCUCAUUAUCUUUUGUCAAUCACGAUGCCUCGCAGAAGAAAAGGGGCGUGGCUCUACCUGGCAUGAUUUACCUGGGAGACACCAAGUCGUUUUUGGGAGAUACAAAGUCAUAUUUAGGAGAAUCCCAACUCCCCCAAAUUGGAGGAAGAUCUGGAGGAAACACGCCAAGCGGAGGUGGAGCAGAGAAGCAGAGCCAGAUUGCAGCCCAACAGUACACAGGUGGUGGAGGAGGAAGUGAGGGUGGGAGCGGAGGUGGAGGAGGAGCACAGGAGGGAAAAGGAGGGCCGACAAAGGAGGAGUCCCAAUCCCUGUUGCGGCGCCGCAGAGGUAGUGGAGUUUUUUGUGCCAACUGUCUGACCACCAAGACAUCGCUCUGGAGGAAAAACGCCAAUGGAGGCUAUGUCUGCAACGCAUGUGGUUUAUACCAAAAACUCCACUCAACACCCAGACCUCUAAACAUCAUCAAGCAGAACAACGGGGAGCAAAUCAUUCGCCGGCGAACCCGAAAACGCCUCAACACUGACUCGCUCUCCUCUGAAACCCCCACCUCGAAGCAACAGCGAAUCAGCAGCGAGGAGCGAAUGAACGGAGAGGAGUCCGAGCGCAGCUGUGCUCCGCUGAAAGGCCAGCAGCCGUCGCCCCGCUCGCGCUCACCGCGCUCCACUCAAGCCUUCUUAGCCAGUCAGACGUUGGAGAUCCAUCGAAGAAUGCCUCCUCUCCUCCUCCCUUCCCAUACCCCGUCGGCUAUGGCAGCAGAGGGAAAUGGGGGCAUCGCAGAAGGAGGAAUACCAUCAAAAAUAGAUGGAGGAAAAGGAGGAGGGGGAUCAGAAAGAGGUAGUCCGAUAGAAAAGUACAUGCGUCCAUCCAAACCGUCUAGUUAUUCACCUCCGGGUUCACCCAUUGAGAAAUACCAAUACCCUAUUUUCUCGUUGCCUCUUCCUUUAGCCAUUUCACCUGAUUUGACUCCUGAAUCUGAUUGGCUCAGGUUCUGGACCAAGUAUAAGAUGGCAGCAGCAGCUUCUGGGAUCCCUGGGAGCAUCAGUAACUUGAGCAGCCCCAGUAGCCUUGGAAACAACCCCAACUAUCUCGGUACGAUGGGGACUUCGGUACAGCAUCAUCAGCAAAGCUACACUGUGCCUUACUGCCCGUCUCCCUACUCUCCUCUCCCUCCUCCUCCAGCCCUCCCUCACUAUCCUUCCUCUAUAAACCCCCAAACAUCUUCCCCAUCAUUGCUCGAAAACGAGGGUCCUUUAGAUCUUGCAAUGAAGCAGAGAGAUGCAAACAUGAAUGUGUCAACAAACGGGCAAGAAAGGAGACUGCAAGACUCGCCUCUCUCUGAAAGGGAAAGGGGGAACUGGAAAAAAGAAAAAGAAGAGGACAGGACAGACGAAGGAGAAGAUCCAAGUGUGGAAAUGGAGAGAGAAGUGAAUGACACUUUGACAGGAAUUCAAUCAUCAGUAUGUAUAGCGGUAGACGUGGCCACACAGGACGACCUAACCAACCGCUGCAUCCACUGUGGGAUCUGCUUCUUAGACGAGGUCAUGUAUGCUCUGCACAUGAGUUGCCAUGGCGACAAGGGACCAUACCAAUGCAGCUUUUGCCUACACGUGUGCGCGGAUCGUUACGACUUCACCACGCACAUACAGAGGGGCUUACACAGGUACACAGACAAAAUGUCACAACAGAGGGGGCACACGCAAGAAGGCCACACUCAGAAUGUCACAGCGGUGUCAGAGCCCGAGUGUCGAGACGAGGCGGCACAGCCAAAAGAUGGAGAAAUCACAAGUGAAAGUCAGGCCGUCGUGGCAGCAUGUCAAGACAACUCAGCAAAGGAUCCGGGCAGUGACGACAAUGGAACGGAGGCUGAAAAGGUGAUAAUAGGGGAAGAAAAUGCCAUAGCCAACAAAGAAAGUGACAGCGUGGUGUCAGACAUCACCAAUAGUCAAAAACCAGAGGAAGAUUUGACUGCCAUGGACCCCACGCUGAUAGAUGGGAUUAAUGAAUAGAAUUAGCAGAUUUACACAAACCUCCAAGAGUCGCAUUACUAAACUUUUGUCUUUAUUCCUGGAGGCUAAGUUUUAAUGGGAUUAUGCUGAGUCAUAUAUGAUUUUUUUUCUUUUUGCUGGAAGGACUUUGACAUUACAUGGUCCAAAGAACAUGGCAGGACCCAUCUUGUCUACAACGGUCUCCAUCCUCUGCAACUCGAGAUCGACAGGAUGUCAAUAUGCAGCUGAAAUGGCCGGUCAAAACCAACCCCUUUCUGUUUAAGGGGAUUCAGAAGCUGGAUUUGGUCUUAUUUAGGAAGAAUUCUGCACUUGAAUAGCUUCUAACAAACUACAAGGAGAACACGUAAACUUUGUUCAGUUGAUAUCUUCUGCACUGCGCUCACAGGCAGGUCCAAGCUAGUCUGUCAGACAGUUUGAUUUUGGAUCUAAUCCAUUUAAGACUGCUGUGUUCCUGCCAAGUGUGUUCUUGACACUUUUAUUUUCAAAAAGGAAUCAAAACCAAAAAAAAAAAAAAAAAAAAACUAUUUUGCCUAAUUCAAACUGGUUAGCGUAAAACCAGCUAGCGGGGGUUACCGCUUGGUACAGUAAGGUGAUCUCACAUGUUCUUGAACUGAUCAAACCCUUGGAUGAAUGCAAAAUCCUAUUCACCUUGUGCUGGCUUAAAUGGUUGGAUUUUAUCCUGACUUUUUCAAAUUGCUUGACACCAGUUCAAACUGGUGAAACCGGUUUCACUCCGGAAUGAAGUGUUCUCUUUGUCGUCCACUUGGACAUAAACUAGGGGACUAUAUUUUUUACUUUCCCUCUGUGCCAUGAUACUAGUUAUGUGCCUGGCUGCUUGCCUAAUCGAACAACCAUCUAUUAACCUGCUUAACAUUUAUAUUAAUAAUAAAAAGAAUGGUUAUAAUAAUAAUAAUACAAACAAUAAUUGUGUUAUCAUACAAAAAUGCAAUUUGCUACAUGUCUGUAUGUUAUUUUUAAGGCUUUUUUUGCAGGAAAAUGUUCUAUAAAACUGUCUGUUUGAGUUUUUUCUAUUGUUUUUUAAGUUCUCAGCAAUGUUUUAAUGAAAUGUUUAACGGCCAUCUAACGGAAAUGGUACGCCAGAGGGGAGUAUGUGCAUGUGUGCAAUUGUGUAAUUGCAUCAACUGUCUCCAAAUGAUGACGUAAACAAAAUGAAGGCUUGCGCGGAGUUUCUCAGUCCUCAGGGGUCACACGUGUUGCACACCAGCCCACCUGCUUCACAGCAAUGUGACACAUCAGUGUUGCAUGUUAUGCUUUUUUUAUGUCUCUUAAUGUUCACCCUCAAACAUGCUCCCAAUUGUGUUUUUAUUUUGUUUAUAGUUCUUGUGUAACUUUUUUUUCAUGUCUAUAUUCUUAGGUUACAAAGUUUUAUAGAGAAAUUUAGGAAGUGGGGGUGUAAGACCCUAAAUUUUAUUAAUGUCUCAACAAUUUGGGGAAGCUUUCUGUGUACAGAGCUGACAGAGAUUCCUGCAUACAGUGUUUUAUUAUCUUAGGUCAGUCACAUAGGUUAGUUCUACGUAGCAUGCUAGCAUCCUUAAAACUGCAUAGUACAUUUAAGUUGAUUAUUUGAAAUGUCUAAUACUAUGGGAAACUGCAGGAGGAUGUUAUGUAAUACAUUUAGAAUUCAUUUGAAAUAAAGGGAUAGUGUUGGUCGCAUCUCCAGCCAAAUCACCCUACGUAUUCCCUGGUGGAAUCCUUCAGUUUUCUGGAAAAUGCCCUGUCGCUCCUUCAGCCUCGCUGCCUUAAGGACAGAAAACCCAUUAACAAAAAAGGGAGGUGUUUUUAAUGUGUUGUAAAAUGUCAGAUGAUAACUCAAGAACUGGUCAAGAGAAUGAGAAACAGUUUGUCUUGAGCAACCAAUGUACAAAAAAAAUUCCGCUUAGUGCCUGGUUACUUGUUUUUAUUUCUUUCCCCCAUAUUUUCUUUUUUGUCAAAAUGUGUUUUUUCUUGGGACAUUGUGACCCAAAGUCCAAAGAUUCCUUGCUUCGAUCAUUGAGUUGAACACUUCAUUUCUAAUUGGUCUUCAUUUCUAGUCGCUGGAGAAAGAUCUUUAUCUGCCUUUGCUCACUGUGAUAACUGUAAAUAUCAAACUAGUUUGAAGUUGUUACAUGUACGUACACUACCUUGUUGAAUUGUUGAGCCAUGUGCCUCAUUUGCAGCCAUGGAUGGAUCAAUCCUUUCCAAUUUCCCAGUUAUGUGCAGAUUCUUCGGUUGGAGUAGCAGAAUCGUUAUCGGUACAAUCGUGAAAAAUUGAAUCUACUUACCUUGUUUUUUGUUCCAUUUACUGCUAAAAGUUAGGAAUACAGUAUCAGAGAAAUUUAUUCUGUUUCAAUACAGUUCCUGAUGCUAGUAAAGCUGCAGACACACCGGGCAUGAGAAAGGUGUUCCAGAACAAGGAACAGUUUUCAAAUGAUUGGCACUUUCAUGAAACAAAAGGGACGCCAUCCAUCCAUGUCUCACUGCCAAAUCCGAAUCCCUGAUUGGUCAAAGUUUGGCCUGUUUAACCCGGAAAAGCUAUUCAACGACCACGAGUUUUGAAUGUUGAGCCCAAAAACGGUCAUAGAAAUUUCCAUAUUAACGUUGGAGAGAACAUGAGUUUUUAACUCAUCAAUUUACAUUGACUUUUCAUUUGAAGUGGCUGCCUUAAUGCACAUUUCUAACGCAACUUAAUGAAGCAAAACUUGUUAACCCUUUUACACCACAGCUUUAGCUCCAGUGUUCUUUCAACUAGCGUAACUCUCCGACCAUUUAUGCAAUGUCCUUCAGUGGAUUCUGAAGCGUAGAGAAGUAGCAUUGUGUUGAUAUUUGACGGUGCUUACACAAUUGACGUAAAUCAGCUAAUUCUGUUGAAGAGAAAAGCAUCCUUGUCUCAAUACGCAACGCUUUACAUCAAUAAUGCAUAUCAAUGCAAACCUGAUAUGUAAAACCCUUUUCUCCAUGUCAGAAUCAGCUGAUUCACAUUGAUCACGUAAGCAAUCGAAGAGUUGUGGUAUGUCAAAGAGUGUUCGUUAUUUUGGUGUCACUGCCGUGUUAAAGGGUUAAUCUCAGGCAGGGAUGGGCAACUCGAGGGCUUGAGUGUGUCAGCAUGAUUAUCUGGUUCAGGAGUGUCCAGCCAGUUGGAACAAGCCAGAGCAAGGUAUGCUGGAAAACUCCAGGCCUGGAGUUGCCUAUCACUGAUCUGAGGAUUUAAAAAUGUUUAUUUGGCAAUCUCUGGUUAUUGCUGGAAGACCUUGAACGUUUUAUACUAAGAAAAUGACUACAACUCUGAAAUCGACCUCUCAAAGCCUAAAUGGAAAAGUUUGCUCUACUCCUUUAACAAAUUCAUGAUUUUCUAUCACAAAUGAAGAUAUUUUUGGGUAACUUGAACAAAAGUUUUACUUUAUCAUUUAUUUGAGUUCCUGUUUUAUGGCAAUCUUUUGGUUACAACUGAAGGAACUACAAACAAAGUGAAUGCUGUUUACAGACUUGUGUAGGGCUUUCCGAAGAGUCAUAAGAAUCUCUGAAGUACUGCAGCAAAGGGGAAAUGUCUUCAUUCUCUCAAUUUGGCUCCAUUUUCCCCUUUUCUCCCUGUCAACUUUACCUUUAAUUAAAUUGUCAUGAGAAGAUUUUUUUUUUACCACUCCUGUUGUUAUCUAUGAAGUAUUACAGCUCCAGCUGUCUUCUACCUCUUACCUCUCUCUGCAAUCAAGUUGGCAAGGUUGAAAAUUGUCCAGCUCUUAUGAUUAGAUUUAUAUUUGAACACAUCUGUGGUUUGUUAACCCUUUAACACCAGAGAUUCAGCUUCAAUGUUGAUGUUAUUUGGAGUACUGUAACUCUUAAGCCAUUAACGUUAAUUCCAGCUAAUUUUGACACGUAAAAUAGUAUUCUUGGGCACGCAGUGAACGUAAAUCAGCUGAUUCUAUCAUUCUCUGCAUGAAGCUAUGUUCAAACGUCCUCGACAACACGUUCAAGCAACCGCUUCCAAUGAAAAGUCUAUGUAAAUGCGUGUUUUGGGCAUCCGCGUUCAAAACUCUCACGUUUACCCAUCGCCAUCCUACAGCUGUUUCUGGAUCCUGCAUACAAAACGUUGAUUGAACGUGCUUUGAAUGUUAAACCAGUUGAACUUUGACCAAUCAGAGACGCUGAUUUGGUAGUGACGUAUGGAUGCAUGUGAAAGAAAGAGGACCAAGACUUUUGAGAUUUGCACCAUUUCGACAUUUAGGACUAUGGCUGACAUGGGCUGGUAUCCAGUAGCAAAGUUCCAGUGUGAACACCAUCAGCUAAAAGCAAGUCACAUGACCGGUGUGAAUGUCUCUUUAAAAUCAGCUGGUUUACGUUGAUCCCAUAAAAGGUCAAAGAGAGUGUUACUUCUGGUUUAAAGGGUUAAAACUGUUCCAUUAUCUCUACUGCUUUCUCACAUUAGAAAUAGUUAUUUUUCCAGUGGGAUUUACUUUUAAAUAGAGAAGAAAGACUUUGGGAAGACUUUUUUUUUUCUUUUUUUCCUUUAAAUUCCUUGGAAACAAGUGCAAGGGGAUUGUAGGGGAAGAAAAGGAUUACCUAGUUUUGCUUUCCUUUGCUUUUCCUUUUAGUGAAUUCUGGAUUAACUUGAUGAACUACAAAGAUUUCUCUGUAGGCUGGAAUGAAAUAAGAAUUUCCUUGCCCAAAUGUUUUUGAGUGACUUAGCUUUGAAGAAAAUGUUCCUUUUUGCGGUGACCGAGCUGGAAGAAAAAAAAAAAAAAAAGAACAGCUUUGACAAUGAAAAAACUCUGUUGGUGCACACUUCAUCAUGUAAAAUGCCCUGCAGGAUCUCAUCGGGAUCUCUUCUUUUGUUUGUUUUUGUACGACUUAAGACUUCUAAGAAAAACUGUAUCGAAGCAAAAAAAAAAAAAAAGAGACAUUGGUGUCAUUUUGACUUUCAGAUUAUGGUAAUGGUUAUGCAAAUAUGUCAAGAACCCAGGUUCUGCAGGACAUCAGUAAUAACUUUCUUAGGGUUGACGGCAUUUCAAAGCAUUCACAGCGUUUACAUUGGGAGGCCUUAAUAAGUGGUUUACUUUUCGUUUGUGUCCGAAUGUGUUAUAAAAGUGUUGCUGUUGCUUGCACUCCGUUUAUUUGUUCUCGUUGCCAAGGAAGGGAAGACACGCGUGUGCAGUGGUACGAAGUAAGUGUGCAUUUCAAGGUUUCCAAUGUUAACCAAGGCCAGUUUGAUUUUGGCUGAACACACACAGUCAUGCACACACUGAGCAAGUAUGUACAUUUAUUCAUUAUGUUUUAGUAGUAUUUUUUUUUUGUUCUGUUGAAUGGUUCUAAUAGAAAAAAAAAUGUUUUUUCUCCUUUUUUUAGGUUCUCUGUCAUGUUGUAUUUUAUCCUGCUACCUUUCUUUAUGUUACUGUUUAGAUUUUUACUUCAUGCAAGUAUUUCAACAUAUUUUGACAGCCAAGAAACAUUUUGUUACACAGCUAAACUUGAAAAAGAAUAAUGAUAAUAAAUAAAUACAAUUAAUAACAAACCUUUUAAAAAA